AUGAAGAAGUGUUUACUCAUCUACCUUGUCUCCAUCUUCACGGAGCCUAUACUUGCAGGCACCUACAUACAGGCAGAGACAGACACCCAGCACAGGAUCAUCACCAUGAAUGAGAGAGGUGUGCCAAUCACUGGCAAGAAUUCCCUGGUUUUCCAGAUCAAGGCGUGUUCCGAUGCAUAUUUUAUCCUGUCUGAGAAGCACCGGUUUAAUAAACCAGACGAACGGUUUUUCUUGGUUAUCUUGGGGGCGACCCCAAACGCCAACGUGAACGGCAUCCGAGACAGCUGUCUGAAGAGUUGCAAUAAGCCAUCAACCAAGUCAACAGGACGAUGGCUCUAUUGUUCCACCUUCCGGACGUUCUGGCUAGCUUGGGAUGGAAACGGAGGACUGGGUUUAGGGAGUGGUCCGCAGGUACUUCGGAACCCGCUCAUGAAACUGAGAACACCACGUCCGUUCCUCAUCAACUUCCUUACACUCUGGGGGCAGGCGAACCGGGUGGAAUGGAGAUUUCUGCUAGACAAUGCUCCUCUGUUCGUGUUCCCGCGGCCAUACGGUGGCUCAACGGUGGAGGUCCCAGAAAACACAGAUGUACGAAAGGUGAUACUCGACCUGAAGGCCACUGACCAGGACAAGGACAUUGUGUUGUUUUCUGUUGUGGGGGAACACUCGUACACAUUCAAAUGUGCAGGUUCGAGCCUCGUUCUCAUGAACCCCGUGGACUUCGAAGAACAGUCAUUGUACAACGUGCAAAUAAGAGCGUCUGAUGGGUCGUACGCAUCGGUCACUCACCUCACUGUCAUAGUUACUGACGUUAAUGACAAUGCCCCGGAAGUGGAUAGAAUUGACCCCAUAGAGAUACCGGAGCAACUACCGGAAGGCUGUAUAAUUGGUGCAAUAACCUCGGCCCGUGAUGUGGACACCCAUGACAAGAUUACGUUCUCUCUUAUCGAACAUGAUUCAUCAUACUUUUCUGUCGACCCAAAUACUGGUCUCUUGUACAUGAGACAGACAGUGGAUCUAGAGGUGUUGUCAGUGACGGCAUACGUCGCCAACAUGACUGUAGUCGUGUCGGAUCUUGUGGGUCACACUACGUCCACGGCUGUCAUCGUCAUCGUCAGUGACAUCAACGACAACCCACCCACCUUUCUCCAGGACGAGUACCACAUCAACAUAAGCGAGGCCAGCAGUGGAGAGGUCGAGUUGAUAACCUUCACCUUGUCUGACCCCGACGUUGAUCCCGACGCUAACAUAAGUCUGGCCCUGUCCGACGUGAGUGACGUCUUCUACCUGCAAGACCGGACGCUGGUGUGUGCUACUGACCGGCUGAAUUAUGAUGUCCAGAACCAUUACGCGCUGAAGGUGGAGGCAAGGGAUGGGCAAAAGAUGGGGAGGCAGAACACGGCGACAGUAACGGUCAUUGUUCAAGUGUUGCCGGUUAUGAAUCACGGUCUCGCCUGGAUGACCGGGAACAAGGGGAGACUACCUAGGGUGACUCUGUCCAGGAGUGUCAAACCGGAAACCCUAGUGGCCAUCUUGUCUGCAAGUCACUCCUGCUCGGGAACAGAUGGACACGUGUUCUACAGGAUUGUGUCGGUCAAAGAUGAGAAACAACAUGAAGUUAUUGGAGCAUACACCAUUGAUGCCGGAACUGGGCGAGUCUCUACUACUUCAUCAUUCAACAAAUAUGUGUCUGUCUACAAUAACUUACACGUUCAGGCGUACGACCUUAGACAACCUGACCGGUACAUUGACGGCUGGGUCAGUGUCGACGUGAACACCGUCAGUGAUGCCUCUCAUGCCGACGUGGUAGGAGCUGUGACGUGCGAGACCCGGACCGAGCUCCUUCUUCUUCAGAGCAUGGUCGGAAUACUGUCCUUCUGUCUGCUUAUAUCUAGUUGCGUAAUCCUAUGCAAAAGGAAAUCACCGAUUAAAGUUUAUCCGAUAAACUUGGAAUGUCGAACCUGCACGCCCAUUCAGCAGACCCCACCAUUAGGAACAAUGCCACAGCGUUAGAUUUCACCUGCCAACCAAGACAAUAAAGUGAGGACUAGCUUGAUGGAUUCCCUCACCUCUAGCAGGACUUGAAUUUGGAAUGUGUACCUAUGUACAAGUAUACAAGUAAACAACGGUGCCCUUUGUUUGCUUUUGUAAUAUCCUGAUUUAUAUUUUUU